AUGCCUUUCCUAUCCAGUCUAGCAGACUUCAAACCAUCCUUCAACUCUCUCAACCCGUUGAAUCUAUUCACCGAUGCUCCUCCAGCUUCACCUACAAAAUCAUUCACUUCUCUUCCUAACAAGGCGCCCUCGGUCCCUGCUCCAUCACCAGCAUCGGCAGUAGCUGGUCCAGGACCCACCACCCGGUCGGCUCUCGCCGCUCGUAGGGCUGCCAACAUCAGUGCUAGUACGACCGCUACUGCAGAUACCACAGCGACGGGAACAACCAUACAACAAUCCUCUCCUCCGAAAUCAUGCCUUCGCGAUACUUCCAAAGACGGAGAAAGCAGUAGCGACUCGCUUGAUGGGCUCGAUCCACAACCCCAACCUCAACGUAGGGUCAGCGGAUCAGUCACCAUCUUGGAUCCAGAGAAGGGCACCGUCCAUGAGUCUAAUCGAUUGGAUGUAAAACGUAGGGAACGCCCCGUCUCCGCGGGAAGCGGGUUCUUGGCGACUAGAAGAAAACGUCGUACCCCAGAAGACAAUUAUGUCAUCGUUCGCCCAGCCCCAUCCAACUCGAAUAAGAAUGCAGCAAACCUCCAAGUUCAGCUCCUGGUCGGUCCUAGUAGAGGCCGUGAACGAUCCACUUCCGGUCGAUCGGCUUCCAUGACGUCCGACCAGCUUUCUCCCCCUCCUUCACCUAGCAAACAACCCCUCGAUCUUCCACCCGACCAGUCCAGCUCGGAGGGCGAGACGAUACCAGCCACACCUGCUUCUGAGACGCCGUCGAUCAUUUCCACAGCGACUUCUGAUGACGCCCUCGCUACGACGUCUGCGACAUUAAAAAGGUCGUCAUCACUAAAGUCGAGCCUCUCUGGCAAAAGCUCGGCGGGAAGCACUUUGAGUGGGGUUUCCGUCAAGAGGGUGGAGCCGUUGUUCAACUUGACAGUACAUGUCAUGCAGCCGACCGUGGUGACGGACGGAGCCACUGAGGCAAAGGUUGCGAAAUUCCACAAGAGGUCGAUAGACAUCAACGGGGUCGGUAUACUCGAAGCCACAGAAGUCCGCCUGCCUUCCUCCUCCAACCUGAUCGAUGAGACCCAUCUCGCUGCCGCUCGCUCCCGUCCACUGUCUAUCGUGUCCCUCACUUCGCCUAUCUCUCCUACCAUGACACAAUCAGAUGACGGCAAGCGUGGAUCGUUCGAUAACAAACGUAUCUCCCUUGACUUGAAGAAUCUCAGAAUGAAUGUCAACGACUUGGCUCAUGAAGCAUCAACCAAAAAAUUCUUCGGCAAGAUCUUCAGAAAACGCGGUUCACAAGAUCCCCCCCAGACCCACUUGCAACCCUCUGCCAUGUCCCGUAAAUCUCCUGCCAGUUCAUACGCUUCGUUAGAACCCCCUUCUCCGUCCCCUGACAUGCCUCACCCCCCGGUCAUUGUCAAAACUCCCUCAACGGAUAUACAAGCUGGCGCCACGUUUGGUACUGCCCCGAUGAGCGUCAUGCGUCGAUCAUCCGGUACCAUCAUCUCCCCCGAUGGAGCCAUAACGGGUCUACUCGCUCGUUCUUCAUUACAUCCGGAGCAGGACAACAUGUCAACGUACCCCCUCAUACCGUCUCACCGACCUGUAGGGUACGUAUGGACUGUUAAGCGCUGGGCCAAGAAGAACGCCGAAGGAUGGGCGGGACAUCUGGUUGCUGCUGCCUCUGCCGGUCUUGAGCUAGUGGGAGGUAGUAUGGGCGGGGAGGAAGACGAAGUAGUGUUUGAGUGGGUAAAGUUAAAAUAUCCACCCGGUGGUGCCCCUAUACCAGGCAUCUCGCGAAGGAUGUCAACUUCGACUUCUGGCCUACCUCGAUCUUUGCCUAGAGUUCCACCAUCACCUCGAUCGGAGGCACAGAGAUCAUAUUCGCCGAGUGUAUCGAAAACUUCUCUUACGCUCCCUCCCACGAAGCCCACCGCAUCCCCGUUCCCAUCUGCCCCUCCGAAUCCUCAAUCUCAAAUUCACCAUCAACCGUCUUCUCAUCUCCAAUCUUCCCUACAUACACCAUCACAAACACAACCACACCUUCCAGUCAAUACACAUCCGCAUGUGCAUAUGAAUGCCAAUGUUCUCGAUAGUCGUCCAGAACCCCUCAGAAGAGUCUCAGCCUCCCCAUCCCCGUCUCAUACUCCCGACGAUUCACGCUCUGUUGCCGAGAAUGAGAAUGCCUCCAUUCGAUCGGGUCAUACUGCCCACACAGCUCAAACUGUAGAAGAAGACUCCGAUCCUGAGGAAUCUGAAACACCCUGGGCGUGUAGUGUGUGGGUGAAAUCCACAGGACAUCGACAAUUAUUGGCCACCUUGUAUCCCGCCGUUCAUCAUCCCAGGGUGAUAGCCAAGAUGAAAAUACCCAUGAGGUUGGAUCCUAUCGCUUUGGCUGAUUGCAAAAUGGAUCCGAGCCAUACUUCAGCAUCAACUACAGGAAGAGCCGGAGCGGCUACCACGGGGAAGAGUCAGGGAAUGAUGAUUGAACAGAAGGAGAUGGACAUGGAGAUGGAGAAGAAGAGAGAAAUGAUGGACAAGGUCAAGAAAGAAGUUUGUCUGAGUGAAGAAAAUUUGAAAGAUGUCGUUUGUGUGACCGGAAUGUGGCUUGUGGCUAGAGAAGGGUUUGGUGGGUUGGGGAGGAAGAAGGGGAAGGCCUGA